AUGGCGCUCGACGCCGCGCGUGCGUCCGACGCCGGCGACGCCCCCACGCACAGCGGUAGAGGCGAUGGCGCGAGCGAGAGCGACCGCUCCGACGCUCGCCUGCGCCACGGGAAGAUCGGCGACCGAGACGUGUCGUUCGUCCUCCAGAGCUCUUUCGCGGGAAAUCAGCUCGAUCGACUGAAGGAACAGAUCGCCAUGCUGCGAAAGCUUCGCGCGGGUGAGCGGUUCAUCGCGCCAGGAUACGGAGGACGAGGGACGACGCGCGCGCGGAAGGAGCGGCUAUUCGGUCCUCUGGACGUCGGGGUGGGAUACGGAUUGAACGUCGACGCGAAGACCUACUUCACGAACGCGGAGUGGAUGUACGCGUACAGGGAGCUGCCGUUAUUCGGACAGCUGGCGGACGUGCGAUCGACGGACGCGGCGAAGGCAAAGUUUGCGCGAAAGCGGGACGGAGAUGAAAGCGCCGAGCUGACGCUGGGAGACGUGAACCGCGUCGUGACGCGACCGGUGGAUAGUUUAGAGCGCGAAGCUAAUCGAGUUUUGGAGCGGGCGCGAUUGCGUGAGCUGGAGACGCUGCGGCGGCGCCUCGAUCAAGUCAAUAACCUUGCCAACAUGCGGGCUGAACACAGAGCGCAGCAAAAGCUACAAUUGGAAAUCCGCAUCAAGCAGCUCGAGCUCGUGCACGUGCAACAAAGGGUACGCAAUGAGCUCAUUUUAGCGCAGCAUGCCAUAAUGCACAUGCCAGAGCGUGCGUAUAAAAAGAUGGUGAAAGACGACAUCAAGGUUCUCGCAGAGAAGAAGAAGCAGGCUGAGAAGAAGGAGAAGGCAGAGCUGACAGACUUCUUGCGCAAUCUGAUUGCGAUGCGAAAACGCAUGAGUCAAGAAUCGAGCACUACGCGUGACGAGCGCAUCUCGAGGAACAGAGCAGUCGUGAAAAUACACGAAAAGUUGAACAGAGAAUUCAUGCGCAAGGCGCGCGAUGAGAACUCUGAGCGUCUCUUGCGUUUAGAAGCGCUGAAGGCGAAUGAUCUGAACGCUUACAGAGAAUUACUCGCAGAAGCGAGAGGGCGUGAGACAGACAUGGCGGCCGGGGGUGAGGGUGACAAAUAUGAGGCGUUGACGCAGUUUUUGAACGCCACAGAAACAUAUUUGACCAAGUUGGGUGGGAAAAUUGCGGCUGUUAAGAUCGAACAAGCUCGUUCAGAAGCCGCGGCGGCGGCCGUGUCUGAAGCCGAGUUGAAGGGCAUGAACGAAGACGAACUCAAGAUCAUCGCGGAGGAAGCGGCGAACAACGCAGCUUUAGAAAACGGCGAGGCAAUUCUGGAUGGUGCUGUUGCCGGAGGGGACACGAAGGAGCGAUACUACGCCAUGGCACACAGCACGCAAGAGAUCAUCACGCAUCAGCCGCGAAUGCUAACUUUUGGACAACUUCGCGAUUAUCAGUUGGUCUCGUUGCAGUGGAUGAUCUCGCUUUACAAUAACAAGCUCAACGGUAUUCUAGCAGAUGAGAUGGGUCUUGGUAAGACGGUGCAAGUGUGUGCGUUGAUUGCGUAUUUGUUUGAAAGCAAGCAAAACUACGGUCCACACCUGAUCAUCGUACCGAACGCCGUCGUCGUGAACUGGAAAGCGGAAAUCAAGAGAUGGUUACCCAAGCUGACUUCCGUUUUCUACGUCGGCACAAAAGAUGCGCGCGCCAAAAUUUUUCAGCAACAAGUCUCACAACUGAAGUUCAACGUACUGGUUACCUCGUACGAGUUCAUCAUGCGAGAUCGAUCCAAACUUAGUAAAGUUGCGUGGAAGUACAUCAUUAUUGACGAAGCUCAGCGGUUAAAAGAUCGAGAAGGACGUUUGAGCCGAGAUUUAGAUAAAUUUAGGUCGCAACGCCGACUGCUCCUCACUGGUACGCCAUUGCAAAACGAUCUCUCAGAGCUGUGGUCCUUACUUAACUUACUGUUACCGGAAGUGUUCGACUCGUCCAAGGUGUUCCAAGAGUGGUUCGGGACGCAAAAGGGCGGCAGUGAUGGUGUCGAUGAUGUAGAUUGGAUCGAAAGAGAAAAGAAGGUCAUCGUUAUCAGUCGACUGCAUCAAAUUCUCGAGCCGUUCAUGCUCAGAAGACUUGUACAGGACGUGGAGAGCAAGCUCCCUCCGCGUAUCACGGUGGUGGUUCACUGUCCGUUCAGUGCUUUCCAGUCGGUCUGCUACGAUUGGAUCCGUCAAACUGCCACCGUGCGCGUUGAGCCUGGUACUCGACUUGGUUUGGCUGCACAACAAAAUUUCCACGGUUACUUGCCCAUCCACAAUAGGGCGAUGGAGCUGCGUAAGCUGUGCAACCAUCCCGCAUUGAACUAUCCACCAGAGAAAGGUGGUGAUUUUCGCGGUCCAGAUCUCGUGCGUGCGUGUGGUAAGCUCUGGAUAUUGGAUAGGAUACUCGUCAAACUUCAGCACUCUGGGCAUCGCGUCUUGUUGUUCUCAACGAUGACAAAACUCCUCGAUCUGCUGGAAAACUACCUGAAGUGGAGGUGGACGACCCCAGACGGCGCGGAUUUGAAGUAUUGUCGCAUCGAUGGUACGACUUCGUUGGAACAACGCGAAGUCGCCAUCAAUGAAUUCAACGCACAACACAGUGAUAAGUUUAUUUUUUUGCUCUCCAUCAGAGCUGCUGGUCGCGGUCUCAACCUUCAGACCGCAGACACAGUCGUGGUUUAUGAUCCCGAUCCAAACCCCAAGAACGAAGAGCAGGCGAUUGCGCGCGCGCACCGCAUUGGUCAGAAGCGAGAAGUUCGCGUUAUCCACUUUGAAGCGGUCGAUGACGCGCCCAAUGAGACGCAGUCGCCAAAAGAUGCUCCCGCGGGGUGGGGAGGGCCAAACAGAAGCUACUGCGAAUCGCUCGAGUCAUCCGUUAGAAACGUCAUUCAAAAGCAGAAGAACGAAAUGGCUGCUGAGAUCGUCGAUGCCGGUCGAUUUGAUGGCCAAACAACGCACGCUGAGCGGCGUGAGACGCUCGAAAACCUCCUUCAGGUGCAAGCGAAUGGCAAACGAGGCGACGUAAAUGUUCCUCCCCUCCACGAAUUAAACGGUAGAAUCGCUCGGUCUAAGGAGGAAUGGGAUUUGUUCAAUCGUUUAGACCAAGAGCUUGCGUGGCCGGGUGAGCUCAUGAGUUCUAACGAAUGUCCGCCAUGGAUCAGAUACACGCAGGAGGAACUCGACAAAGCGGUGUUCGCAACGAGCAAGGCGGCGCAGUCGAUCAUUCCAGAAGUUGACGAUACGCUGGGUCGAGGUCAGCGCUCUGUGAGCAAGCUGAACGCACUUGAUACUUCUGCUGUGAGUCAGUCCGCUCCCAUUCGUUCGGCGGAUGACUUCAUCGAUCGCACAGGAAUUGUAUAUCAAGAAGAGCAAAGUGAAGAUGAAUCCGAUGAAGAAGUCGUCGGGAACGAUGAUGCGGCGGGGGAGGACAUUGGCGACAUCGACAUCGACAAAAUCGAAGAAAACGACGAAGACGACGAGGAUGAAACGGCCACGAUAAACACGAUGGCCACAGGAGACACCGGGGAAGAUAGCGAAGAGGCGAUGAUGACAAAACCGGUCAACCUGAAAUUCACGAUGAAGCGCGUUGUGAGUGAGCCGGAAGAACUUAGUAAAAGACCGCGACUCGAUUAG